ACCGAGAUUUGUUUCAUCAUGUUAUCUCUGCUCUGGCUCCGCUUCCUUGUCUUGAAUUUGCUCGGAUAAGGACACAACUAGGGAUACGUCAGACAUCUUGAAACAGUUGAGAUGACGUCACAAGACUCCAAACCGAAACCCGAGUUUUAUCGGAGAGUCCUGCCAGAAGGAUGUAUCGCUUUUUCAUCCACGGAAGGGAAGACGAUCUUCAAGGAGGCCAUUUUGUCAGGUCACAUGGACUGCUAUUUCAAAAUGGCAGCACAAUUCAGUACCCAAGCAGAGCCAGCAUUCUGCGGCCUAACGACACUAAUCAUGGUGCUUAAUGCUCUCGAGGUCGAUCCAGGGAAAGUCUGGAAGGGUCCUUGGCGUUGGUAUCACGAAGACAUGUUGGAAUGUUGUGUGCCAUUACAAGAGAUGAAAGAAAAAGGUAUUACCUACGACCAGUUCCUAUGUUUGGCCGCCUGUAAUUCUCUGGAAGUAGAAUCUACGAGGAUGGAAAACUCCGCAUCGCUGGAAACAUUUCGAGAUCACGUGACAAGACUGAGUAGACAAGAUGACCAUUUCAUCGCGUUAUCCUAUAGCAGAAAGACUCUCGGUCAGACUGGAGAUGGUCACUUCUCCCCUGUUGGAGGUUAUCAUCCAGACAGAGACCUUGUGUUGGUGAUGGACACAGCUCGGUUUAAGUACCCUCCACAUUGGGUUCCUCUCGCUAAUAUCUGGGAAGCCAUGAAACCUGUCGACCAAAGUACAGGGAAGUCAAGAGGAUAUUGCAUUUUGUCGAAAACUCACAAGGACGGUUCAUUAAGACUAUUCAAGUUGUCGAAUUCUUUCAACAUAUUUCUGCCUUGUGCCUGUACCAGCAGUGUUUCGUCAUUCUUGCACAAAUGGCGGGAAUGCUUAUCUAAAGACGUCACAGAUUUGUCACCAGUUGAUACAGAUAAGGAAUCUAAUACAGAUAACGGGAUUCCAUCUGAUCAUAUGGACAUUUUUAGACAAGCUAUUCCAUUGCUGCUGACAAGUGCCGGAUGCAUUGCGCAGGACGAGUGUAUUCUUACUACAUACAUGGACAUGGCGACUUUUUCAGCGGAGCACAUUGCGCUGAAAGAGACCUUGGUACAACAGAUAGAGUGCACGGAAAUAUACGGCAUUACCAAGAAUGUUUUUCAAAAUACAAUUGUUGAGUCCAGUGCGUAUUUGAAUAUCGGGACAACGACUGAGAAAAAUGUGAUAACAUUAAAUGAUAAAUGCUGUGGUAUGUGUUCAACGAAACGUUUGAAGAUCUCGGAGACCAAAAUGUUUCCGGCGCAUUUCAUCACAGUCUUCCUGCUAUGUUGGCCAUUCGAACUGUUCGGGUCUACAGGGAGGGUGACUUUUGGCGACAAGAUGGAUUCGUAUGUCACGAGAUGGAUGGGAAGCACAACAUGUAAAGAGCUUAAAGAGGAAGUGUCACAACUCAAAAAACAACUGUUGGUGCUGUUAAAGAUGCGUAUGUCAAAUUAGCAGCGAUGUGGCCCCAAUACAUCGUGCAGAAUCUCUCCGUUCGGGACCGCUUCAUCACGUAGCGGGAAUUCAUAACCGCCAUCAUAUAUAUAGAGAGAGAUUACAGAUCCUACAUUUCAUUACAGUGAAGAAAGCACUUCUUGUCAUUUGCCUGUUCGCUUUUCUAUGAGCUUUAAGAUAGAAUAGAAUCCUAAACAGCUAUUGAAACAUGGACAAUAGGUAUAAACACAUCCAAUAAUUUGAUCCUGUUGAAUAUCUGUAAAUCGUAUAACAAAUUCAUUUUUAACCGAUACCGUAGCCUUAAGGAAGUAAUAAGGUUAAAAACAAUAUGCCGAAAAACUUGACGUCAAUUUCAGAGGUCUGACCUACAGGACAACAAAAUACAAACAACUCUCAGCCGGUAACUAGCGACAUUUGUAUAACUCAUUUAAAAGUAAUCAUUGAAUCGACAGCUUGUAAUGCAGAUGACGGCGAGAUAUAGCUUUAAAAUAAAUUGGUUAAAUUAAAAGAUUGAUAAAUGGAUAUAUGCAUGAAUUCGUUAUUUAGUAGAUAUCGGUUUCAUGGAUAUUUGCAUAGAGAUAAUGUAACCAAUAUGAGGUAUGUUUGUAGAUAUUCACAAAUCCUACCAAGCUUACAGUCGGAAGAAAUAUUGUUUAAAGUACAGCACAAGUGCACCAGCUUACUAUUGCUAAUAUGGUAUAAUUCAUACGGGAAAAUGUCCUGAGCAAAGAUCAGAUAUAUAACAUUUGUACAAAUUGUUACAAAACAGUAUAUGCAAACCGUAUAUGAUAUCAAAUUGACGUUCUCGCAAUAUUCAAUGCUAUGGUUAGAGGAAUGAUAGGGUCAACAAAAGGACUCUGUUAUAGUACCAUCAAACCGAGAUGUCGUCAUCAGACUGAGCUGUUCUUACUGCCUGGCCUCUCACCGACGUCGAGCUGAGAACAGGAAGCACCUAUAUUACAGACUUUAGUUUUUCUUGUUUGGGUUACAGAACCUAUAGACUGAUAAUCUCUGUCUCUCUCUCUCGAGGGGACACUCGGAGAUAAAGAUCCAAAUAUGCUAUAGUGUCAAGAUUGACGCCACGAAGAACUGAAGUGUUGAUAAUGUAAUCGUUUAUGUGAAAACCAGAUGUAUGGUAUGCUUGUUUUAAAUGUGACGUGCAGCAGGUAAUAGGGAGCUUUUUGUUGUGUAUAAAAUGUACAUGUGUCGUUUUUGAUGGAUCUGUAUAUCUAAAUCUAUUUAUCUCGAUAUUUACAUCUCGGUGAAGUAAAUUUAAAUUAAGAACGCAACACGGAAAUGCAAUUCAAAUUGGGCACUAACUUCUCGUCGAUACACCAAAUAUAAUCAAGGUUUGUAAUUCCUACCGACCAGUCAAAACGAUGGAAAGUUUGGCUUUUUAUAACAUUAAAUUACAUUCACUGUAUACCGGGUAAUUUUCAACCUUAUACCACUAUACACCAGUUCGCCUCAUGUUCAUUUCACCAUUUGGGGAUUAUAUAAAAGGGUUAUGUAAUAUUGUAACAAUUUUUUCGUCCCCAUCUUAAAUUCGCUCCCCUUGUUCAUGAAAAAAGGGUCGAUAAUUUCGCGGUAUAAAAUAAGUGGGAAAUUAGCUGUUUACAAAUUUGUAUACAUACUUUUAAUUAAAUAAUUUUUGAUUAAUUGGUCUCGCAAAAAACAAGAUAUUAUGAAAUAUAAAAUAAAAAAAAACAUCGUUGUUUUUGUAUUAAAAGAAAAGUUAAAACUAAUAGAUGGCUGUAAUUUAAUAAUGAAUGUUUGUCCGUAAUGAUACACAUCUGUAUCAGCAUGUGCUAACUUGGCAUUACAUACUCGGAUUGGCCAAGGUUUACAUGGUAGGUGUUGUCUACGAGGCAGAAGACCCAUACUCUUCAGAAACAGCUGGUCCUGUUCUCCUUGUACCGUUCAGGAGUAUAUAUGUAAAUCUUACUCUUGUUCAUAUUUUACCGUAGUUUUACUGAAUUUGAGUUUUGAAUAAAUAAAUGAUUGCAUCUCUAAAAAUUUAAUUGUAUUGUUAUGAGACGGCAUUAAGACAAUAAAUGUGCAAAUAAAUAGAUAAGUAAAUAAAAAAUGAAUAAAUAAAUGAUAAAGUAAUAAAUAAAGCCAGCUUGUAAAGUAAUAAAUAUCAAACGAUAAAGGUUUAGUUCAAGUGAUCGAUCUGGCAUUCAAACAACGAGUUUACAUAUGUAAACUCUCUUUAAUCUCAUUAAUGAUAUGUACAUUGCCACCAUGUUGUAAUGCAUAUUAAUCAUGUUGUUGUCUUUGUAAUUAGCUAUUUAUGUCUUUUGACGAAGUCGGAUCUAUUUAAUGAUGUGAAUAAUUAUCAGAUGGUUUGCUAACGGAUUCCUUCAUGCAUGAUCUAUUGUAUAGAAACAGAUAGCUACUCUUCCGUGGUGUCAGUGUACAAGACGUGCAAAUUUAUGGCACUGUUCAAUACAUAUUUAUAAUUACAUGUAUGUGCAAAUAUAUGAUUAGAUGCAGUAGAAUCAAAUAAUAAAUAAAACUGCACUAUACAGCUGUCUCGUGCUUCAAUGUCUCUUCAGGGAUGCUAAGGGCCUAGUUUUGA